AUGACCCUGAAGGAUGUCCUUGAAUUGGCUAUUGGAAGUAAAUUCACUGGAGCCGAUACAGCCACCGUCGAGAUCGACCUAGAUUUGAUCAUCGAUCGACUCUUGGAAGUCAAAGGUUCUAGACCUGGACGGCGAGUUCAACUGCUGGAAAGAGAAAUACGACUACUUUGCAGGAAGGCACGGGAAGUCUUUAUAACCCAGCCUACGCUUCUAGAAUUGGACACUCCGCUUAAGUUAAUGGGUGAUCUCCAUGGACAAUACUAUGAUGUCCUUCGAAAUUUUGAAUAUGGAGGUUUUCCUCCACUAGCAAACUAUGUUUUAUUAGGUAACUAUGUCGGUUAUGGAAAUCAGUCUAUCGAAACAAUUUGUUUGGUUCUUGCCUAUAAAAUCAAAUAUCCAGAGACUUUUUUUCUAUUACGAGGAAACAACGAAACAGCUUCUGAAAGUCGAAUUAAUGGAUUCUACGACGAAUGCAUGAAACGAUAUAAUAUCAAAUUAUGGGAAACGUUUGUGGAUCUAUUCAAUUGCAUGCCGUUGGCUGCUAUCGUUGAUGAAAAAAUAUUUUGCGCUCACGGAGGCUUGAGUCCAGACCUGAACUCAAUGGAACAGAUCCGAAGGGUUGUGCGACCAACAGAUAUACCUGAUUGUGGACUUGUGUGUGAUCUCCUCUGGAGUAAUCCUGGCAGUAACAUCUUAGGAUGGUCUGGGAAUAAUCAGGAAGUCUCGUUUACGUUUGGACCAGACGUUGUAUCUCGCUUUUUACAGAAACACGACUUCGAUCUUAUUGUCCGAAGCCAUCAAUUUGUUGAAGAUGGCUAUGAAUUCUUUUCAGACAAACAGCUGCUAACAAUAUGGGGGGCUCCAAAUUGGAAGGGAGAGUAUGAUAAUGCAGCUGCAAUGUUGUCAGUCGAUGAAACUCUUACGUGUUCGUUUCAGAUUCUUAGGCCGGCAGAAAAGGGGCAAAAUUUUGGAGGAAGAUAA